UCCGUAUAAUCGUUUGUUAUUUAAUUGAAUAUGUGGGUUUUACCACCUAUUCUGAUUCCAAUCACGCUUUGAUGUUAAAAAAAUGCAACUAAGAUACGGCCAGUGUAAUUUCUAAAGCCAUACAAGUUGCUAUUAUUGCAAACUAUUUUUAAGUUAUGACACGAUACACAUUUAAGGACACAUUUCAACAAGUGCAACUUAUUAGUAACCUCAGCAAUAAACAAUAAUAAUAAAUGAGUGAACAAAUUGUUUGGUGAAACAGUUUUAUGUAGUGGUAUCCUAGAUAAAGUAAAUUUUUGGGUAAUAAAAAUUGAGAUAAACAUCUUUAUUCCGUUAGAUCGACAUUGAAUAACAACAUUAAAAAUGGGUGCAUCAUGUUGUAAGAAAGAUAAGAGUUCCGCAGCCAGUACCGAACCCAAAACUUGCAACAAAUGUAAAGAACAAAUCAAAGGAGGAGUACUAACAGCUUUAGGACAAACAUGGCAUCCAGACCAUUUUUGCUGUAACGAAUGCAAAGAACCCAUUACCGAAACCAAAUUCCAUACUAACGACAAUUCGCCGUAUUGUACACCUUGCCACAUAAAGCUUUUCGCUCCCACAUGCCACGCCUGUGAUCAACCCAUUUUGGAUAAAUGCGUGCAAGCCAUGGGAGUCAACUGGCACGAAGAUCAUUUCGUCUGCGAAGACUGCAAAACGAAAUUGAUCGGCCAACAAUUCAUGGACGUUGCAGGAGUGCCACGUUGCCAGAAAUGCUACCUAGCUAAACACGCCGACAAAUGCAAAGGCUGCGGAAAGGCCAUCCCAGACAAGGCUAUUGUAGCCUUAGAUGCUAAGUGGCAUCAGAUGUGCUUCAGAUGUUCAAAAUGCUCCAAACCAAUAAUGAAAGAUCAAUCAUUCCAAGUAGACAGUGGCAAGCCACACUGUGUCAAAUGCUAAACCAUCAAGCAGCUUUUGAAUUAAAAUAUGUAAUUCAUUUGAAGAUCAAUGUAUCUGUACACGUUAUUCUUAUUGCAAGAAGAUUUGUAUCAAAAUUGACACCGAUAUUUUCUUAUAAGAUUAUUAUACUGUAUUUUGUUUAUUUUAUAAAUUUAACAAGCUUUUUAUGAUGUUAAAAUAAAGUAUUUCACAAG